GUACAUCCCCUUCACUUCAUUUAGACAGUCGCUUGGAGUGGAUAUACCGGGAAUGGGAUCUUCAGCGAGAGCUAAGAAAAACUUUAAAUUUUUCCGCGUUUAUGCCCUUCAGAGACUCCUCUUUAUCUUGCGGGAAUAAUUGGGAGCAAACAAAAACAAGACAUUAUAUUCCAAUGUGAAGAAGCGUAGUAUAGUUGAGAGUGCAAGAAGUUUCCUGAAAAGAAAUACGAAUGGGAUAAAUUCUGGAAGCAAGAUUACAUAAAAGGAAUUUUAAUAUUCGGAACCUUUCCCUAAAUCAAUUUAACAGAUUUUUAAAAUUAACCAAAAUAAGUAGGCUAAAUUAAAACAAUUCUUGGUCUUUAAAAAAGCAGAACAAACACCUGAACUUCGCGUUGUAGUGUUGAUAAUUACGCAAAAAUCAAUUAUAGAGCCACAGACAGUGAUAUAUUAGAAGCCGAUUAGUUUCCUAAAGGAGUUGCGCGUGUGUAUGGAGAGUGGCGCAGACACCUGUACGUAUUCACCAUGGCGAAGUGGUUUAAAGAUUUCCCAACAAGUUUGAAGACUGGAUCCGACCGAAUCCGUUCUGCUUCGGAAUCGGGAACUCAGUCCCGUCCCAAACCAGUUCUGACUGUCGGUACUGGUACAAAGGGGAGUCUGCGUAAAAAUUCUGGAGCUGAAAACGGUGGCAGUGGCGGUGGUGGUGGUGUGGGUUCGCUGCUCCACGGGAGAAAUCGUAAAAAUUCGGCCAUCGAGCUGGGACGGAACCACUCCAGCACCGGCUCGAUAAAAGACGGGAAGAUAUGGGAAAUUCUGAUCCCUGGGAAAAGUAAGAAGAACACCAAAAUGGAGGGGUUUGAAGACCAUCGCACCCUGCGGACCACCAGUCUUGCUGACGCGUACAUGAGCAGAAUGAUCAAGGUUAAUGAUCCAAAAUCCAGCGCAGGAGGAUCAUCUCCAGACAGCGAGAGGGCCAAGUCACCAAUCAGAACAGAAACGAUCAUCCUGGAGGAUUAUGCUGACCCAUUUGAUGCUGAGAAAACGAGGGAACAGAGAGAGGCUGAAAGAGAAGGAGAGAAUGAUGGUUACAUGGAACCUUAUGAUGCCCAGCUCAUUAUUACAGAAAUUCGCCGACGAGGCUCGAAGGACCUGCUGAAAGUGUGUGUAGUGUUGAACGGAGGAGAGAGCGAAGGGUCUGGACCCCCACAGAUCUAUGAUGUCCCAUAUGAGGAGGUUCUGGAGGGAAUUCCCUUGACCCGACCUGAGUCCGACUCCAGACCACCAGCAGAGUAUGAGCUACCUUGGGAGUGGAAGAAGGAGCAAAUUGUUAGAGCACUGUCAGCUCAGUUUGAUGGAGUAGACCGCAUGUCGAAGGAAGAGUCAGGUUCUCCUACUGUGAAACAGCAGACACUGAGACAUAAGAGCUGGACCCCAAAAACCCUUCGACCGAAUCCCCCGUCCCCAACGUCCCCUUCAUCUCCCAGCACCACCCCAGACAGUGAGACACCAAUAGUUGAUCCCACCCUGCCCCUGGAGAAACAAAGCUGGUAUCAUGGCAGUGUGAGUCGUCAGGAGGCGGAGGCUCAGCUGCAGCACUGUAGGGAGGCCAGCUUCCUGGUGCGAGACAGCGAAUCAGCUACCAGCAAAUACUCCAUCGCCCUCAAGACGAGUCAAGGAUGUGUGCACAUCAUCGUAGCGCAGACUAAAGAGUGCGGCUACACGCUGGAAAAGAGCAGCUGUGUGUUCCCAAGCAUCCCAGAAGUGGUGCACCACUACUGUACCCAGCGCCUACCUUUCACCGGGGCAGAACACAUGACCCUACAGCACCCUGUGUCACGCACACACUAAACACACACACACAUGCUGAACUUAUACAUAUUCACAGCGUUCUCUGGUGCAAAGAUGUGAAUUUACAAUACCGUGGUGCCUGCCAAUCACAUGCCAUUAAAGCACAGCUUAAAACUCUUGUAUGUAUGUAGAUGUGUGCAUGGAGUAAGUGGAAUUUUUAUAUAUAUUUGUGUUUUCGCCCCACAUAUGAUACUAGAAAGACCAAAGGAGGAAACAGAUUUCAGAAACUGUAGUUUAAACGUGACAGUUUACAUAAUGCGUAUCUGUUGCACACUAUUGUUUUGUUAUUUCCUCAUCUUUUGUUUGAGUGCGCUGGCACUACAGCCUCAUAAAUUCAUUCCCAAUCAUGUUACCGAUCUAAUUUUGUGCCUGAAGGAGUGAAUUACUUCUAAACUCCCCCUGCUGGCAUCAGCAGCAAACUGCAAAUUUCUCUUGAGAGACGCAAAUUUUACUCCCUUCUACAAUGACUGUGCAUUUAAGUGGGCAGAAUCUGCACAGCUGAUAUUUUUCCGUAGCGUAGAUUUAGUUUAAAGUUAUAGCUGAAUUCUCAUAUUAUUUUAUCCUUUGAGAAAAAAAGAAACACUUCACCACACCUUGGCAGUUCCUGGAUAGCUGAGGUUAGAUCGUUAGUUCGGAUCAAUACAGCAAAUUGAAGCUGGCUCGUUCAUCAGAUAAAUGAGUCAUUGCCGCUGAUUGGCUAAUGUUCUUGUCUGUACGUGAUAAAACUUUGUAUUGAUUGGUUUGAGUUUGGGAAUAGCGGGAUGUCGAACGGAUUUACUGACCGUGCAGUCAUGCUUGGAUUCAUGGCGUACCGAAUGUGGCAUCACUCUUUUGGUGAUGGGAAGUUGUGUUUAAAUGUAUGUCUGUUUGUUUAAAGGUAACAGGUUCCAUUUUUAAUCUUAAAGGAUGGUAAAUUAGAUUUUUGUUCAAUCUAGAUGAGAGACAUGUGAUGGAAAAAAAGCAUGUUCACUGAAGAUUUUGCCUUUGUACAAUGUAAGACUGUGCAAAGCCUGAAAUAAAGCAGAUAAUGCUAAA